GAGUCGUCCUCUUAUCGAGAAAGAGGAAAAGGAUCGUGUGCGUAUCUCACGUGUACUCUCGACGACAGAACACUGUGCAGGACGUAACAGAGGAAGAUGAGGUUUCCCAUGACCUUGGCGUUCAUCCUGGCAAUAUUUUGUGCAAUAGUGAUGGCGCAAAACGACGAUGAAAUCGUUCGAUUGCCAGGCAAGAGCUGCAAAGACGCUCCACCUUGUCCGAAUGGCCGAUCCUGCAUGAUGGUUGCUCCUCCUUGUGAUUCGGACAACUGCGACAAGAAUCCAGUGCCUUCGUGUGGCCGGAAGUUGUGAAUGUCGCAGUACCGUAAAAGAUACAAGUGGUCCUCGACUAAGCCAUUGGUCAUCUUGCUCGUUCAUCGAUUCACGCGUAUGUUAAUGGAUGUUGCAAUAAACGUAUAACGUAA